UAGGAUUGCUGCUCUUCUCUGCGAGGCAAGCCUCCGCUCGCACGGGCCAAUUUCCCCAAUAUCAAAUAAGACUAAAUAAUAAAAAAGGGGAUCGAUUCGUCGCUGCGGGAGGUGACGCUCGAGCCGGGAAUGGUCGUUAAAGAAACAGGAGAGCGUUAAGAGCCAGAGCGCGGUCCGUCCUGGAUUCUUUCCACCCCCUCCCGCCCCUCCGACUCUUCCCCCCCGUCCGAGCAUCGUCGUGACUUUCGGACCCGAGAGACGCGUCAUAUUCGGACACCUCGGCGCCACCCCAAAGUCGCCAGGAUGAUAACGUCAGAGCUUUCUGUGCUCCAGGACUCAUCCAAUGAGUCGGGGGCCACGGAUGCGGUGGGACUCAGCAUGGGCAUGGCGGACAUUGAAGACCCCGAGGUGAAGGGCAAGAAGAAGCGAGGAAGGCCUGGCAAGCAAGCGCAAACGGCCAAUAAGAAGCCUCGCAAGAUGCCGGUGGACAAGGGCGUGGGCGGGGCCAGGGGGCGGGGCAAAGCCAACGGCGUGGCCCAACACAACGGCGACAGCUCGGAACCCAUCACUCUGUUCGAAGUGGUCAAGAUGGGAAAGAGCGCCAUGCAGUCCGUGGUGGACGAGUGGAUCGAGUCGUACAAGCAGGACCGAGACUUGGCCCUGCUGGAUCUCAUCAACUUUUUUAUCCAGUGCUCCGGGUGCAAAGGCACGGUCAGGAUCGAGAUGUUCCGCAACAUGCAGAACGCCGAGAUCAUUCGCAAGAUGACCGAAGAGUUUGAUGAGGACAGCGGCGACUACCCGCUCACCAUGCCGGGGCCCAUGUGGAAGAAGUUCCGUUACAAUUUCUGCGAGUUCAUCUGCGUGCUGAUCCGCCAGUGUCAGUACAGCAUCAUCUACGACGAGUACAUGAUGGACACCGUCAUCUCGCUCCUCACCGGGCUCUCCGACUCCCAGGUCCGAGCCUUCAGACACACGUCCACGCUGGCUGCUAUGAAGCUGAUGACGGCGCUGGUGAACGUGGCGCUCAACCUCAGCAUCCACCAGGACAACACGCAGCGGCAGUACGAGGCGGAGCGGAACAAGAUCGCCGGCAAGCGGGCCAACGAGAAGCUGGAGCUGCUGCUGCAAAAGAGGAAGGAGCUUCAAGAAAACCAGGACGAGAUCGAGAACAUGAUGAACUCCAUCUUCAAGGGCAUAUUCGUGCAUCGCUACAGGGACGCGAUUGCCGAGAUCCGAGCCAUCUGCAUCGAGGAGAUCGGCGUCUGGAUGAAGAUGUACAGCGACGCCUUCCUCAACGACAGCUACCUGAAGUACGUCGGCUGGACGCUGCACGACCGGCAAGGCGAAGUGCGUCUCAAGUGCCUGAAAGCUCUGCAGAACCUGUACACAAACCGGGAACUUUUCCCCAAGCUCGAGCUCUUCACCAACCGCUUCAAGGACCGUAUUGUGUCAAUGACGCUGGACAAGGAGUACGACGUGGCUGUGGAGGCCAUCCGACUGGUCACUCUCAUCCUGCAGGGCAGCGAGGACGCACUGUCCAAUGAGGACUGUGAAAACGUCUACCACCUGGUCUACUCUGCCCAUAGGCCCGUGGCCGUAGCCGCCGGCGAGUUCCUGCACCGCAAGCUCUUCAGUCGGCACGACCCGCAGGCGGAAGAGGCGCUGGCCAAGCGCAGAGGCCGCAGUAGCCCCAACGGGAACCUCAUACGCAUGCUGGUGCUCUUCUUCCUGGAGAGCGAGCUUCACGAGCACGCGGCCUACCUGGUGGACUCCUUGUGGGAAAGCUCCCAGGAGCUCCUGAAAGACUGGGAGUGUAUGGCCGAGCUGCUGCUGGAGGAGCCCGUGCAGGGCGAGGAUUUGCUGUCGGACCGACAAGAGAGCGCGCUAAUCGAGCUGAUGGUGUGCACCAUCCGGCAGGCGGCCGAGGCCCACCCGCCCGUGGGCAGAGGCACCGGUAAAAGGGUGCUAACAGCCAAGGAGAGGAAGACGCAAAUAGACGACAAGAACAAACUGACGGAGCACUUCAUCAUGGCGCUGCCCAUGCUGCUGUCCAAGUACCAAGCCGACUCGGAGAAAGUGGCCAACCUGCUGCAGAUCCCGCAGUUUUUCGACCUGGACGUGUACAGCGCCGGGCGCAUGGAGAAGCACUUGGACGGGCUGCUCAAGCAGAUCCGGCUGGUGGUGGAGAAGCACAUCGAGAUGGACGUGCUGGAGGCGUGCAGCAAGACCUACAGCAUCCUCUGCUCCGAGGACUACACCAUCAUGAACCGCGUGGACAUCGCCCGCUCGCAGCUCAUCGACGAGAUGACGGAUCGCUUCGCGCACUCCGUGGAGGACCUGCUGCAGGAGGCCGAGGAGGCCGACGACGACGACAUCUACAACGUUUUAUCCACCCUCAAGAGACUCACGGCCUUCCACAACGCUCACGACCUGACGCGCUGGGACCUCUUUGGCAACUGCUACCGUCUGCUGAAGGCCGGCAUCGAGCUGGGCUCCAUGCCGGAGCAGAUCGCCGUGCAGGCGCUGCAGUGCUCCCACUACUCCAUCCUCUGGCAGCUGGUCAAGAUCACCGAGGGGGCUCCCAGCAAGGAUGACUUGCUGGCCCUCAGGAGAGUGGUCAAGUCGUUCCUCGCCGUGUGCCAGCAGUGCCUGUCCAACGUCAACACGCCCGUCAAAGAGCAGGCCUUCAUGCUCCUCUGCGACCUGCUGAUGAUCUUCAGCCACCAGCUGACGACGGGCGGCCGCGAGGGCCUCCAGCCGCUGGUCUUCAACCCGGACGGCACGCUUCAGAACGAGCUGCUCAACUUCGUCCUGGACCACGUCUUCAUCGACCAGGACGACGAGAGCCAGAGCAUGGAGGGCGACGAGGAGGACGAGGCCAACAAGAUCGAGGCCCUGCACAAGAGGAGGAACCUGCUGGCAGCUUUCUGCAAACUCAUCAUCUACGACAUCGUCGACAUGCCGGCGGCUGCCGACAUCUUCAAGCACUACAUGAAGUAUUACAACGACUACGGCGACAUCAUCAAGGAGACCCUGAGUAAAACCAGACAGACUGACAAGAUCCUCUGUGCCAAGACGCUCAUUCUCAGCCUGCAGCAGCUCUUCAACGAGCUGUUGCAGGACCAGGGCCCCAACCUGGACCGCACGUCGUCACACGUGAGCGGUAUCAAGGAGCUGGCCCGCCGCUUCGCCCUCACCUUCGGCCUGGAUCAGAUCAAAACCAGGGAGGCCGUGGCCACGCUGCACAAAGAUGGAAUCGAGUUUGCCUUCAAGUACCAGAAUCCUCGUGGACCCGACUUUCCUCCCAUCAACUUGGCCUUCCUGGAGGUCUUGAGCGAAUUCUCCUCCAAGCUGAUCCGCCAAGAUAAAAAGACAGUUCACUCGUACCUGGAGAAGUUCAUGUCGGAGUCCAUGCCCGAGCGGCGGGAGGACGUGUGGCUGCCGCUGAUCUCGUACAGGAACAGCUUGCUGACGGGCGGCGACGAGGACCACAUGUCGGUCACGUCGGGCUCCAGCAGCAAGACGGGCUCCGUGCGCAGCAAGAAGGGUCGGCCGCCGCUCCACAAGAAACGCGUCGAAGAAGAGAGCAGCAGCGUGGAGGGCUCGUGGCUGAUGCGCAACGACACCUUGCAGACGCCCGGCGCGCUGCCAACCCCUCAACUCACCUCCACCGUCCUUCGAGAGAACAGGCCCGCCGAGCACAUGCCCGACCCCGACUCGGAACCCGGCUCGGAGAACGACUUUGUGCACAACCCUCAGAUGCAGAUGUCGUGGCUCGGCCAGCAGAAGAUGGAAGAGGUGAGCAGGAAGGACCGCAUGGCCGUCAACUACAUCAAGUCACGGAGCAAUCAGGGCGUCCGGCAGACCGUGCGCGGGCUGAUGGAGGAUGACGCCGAGCCCAUCUUCGAGGACGUGAUGAUGUCAUCGCGGGGUCAACUGGAGGACAUGAACGAGGAGUUUGAAGACACCAUGGUCAUCGACCUGCCGCCAUCGAGGAACAGACGCGAGCGAGCGGAACUAAGACCGGACUUCUUCGACUCGGCAGCCAUGAUUGAGGACGAGUCGGGGUUCAGCAUGCCCAUGUUCUGAUGGCCGCAAUGGUUGCAAAAGGAAUCGAGAGAGAGAAAAAAAAGCGCCUUCUGAUCAGGAAGUCAAACGACAGCGGUGGUGUGGUAGAUCCACGUGAGCUGUCAAUCACACUCCUAUCCCAAGAAGGUAUUGUACAAGUUCUUCACCUCUGGACACCCGGUCCUCUUUCGCGUUGGACAGUUUGAAAAAGUGUUGGCCGGGUGUUCCGUUCUGUACAGCCCCGUGCCCCUCCCCUCCCCUCUCCUUCCCUUGUGUUGCACUUUGGUCCACCCACAUCAGUUCAAACAAAGAGUGGACGUCAAGUCUACAUGGUCUAUAUCUGUGGUCUUAUCACCCCCCUCGACUCCCCCCCCCCCACCACCACCACCACCCUGUUGCGCUCUUGGAGUUACUCUGCACACAAAUAACAGUUUUUGUAUCGUAAAAACAAAAACGAGAAAAAUACAUUUCUAAUUCUGUAGCUUUAGUACAAAAAGUUUUAAAACCAAGUGUUUGUACAGCGUUUUCUUCUCGAAUGUGUAUUCUCGUUUGUUGCCAAAUGGUGGCCUACAUACAAACAUGCUCUUCUGGAUCUUAUCCCGAUCCCUUCAUUUUUUUUGGGGGGGUCCUCUCCCUUCCCUCACUGCUUCAGUAUUUGCUGUCGCUCCCUCGCCGCCGCAGACAGUGUUUGAUUCGUGUCGGUGCAUCACAAAUGUUGUUUGAAUGUGUCUUCGAGUUUUGCUUGUGUAAAUAUCACAACGGUCCGCGGAGCCCUAACGUGCUCUCAAAAGACUCUUUUUGUUUUUUUUCUGUCGACCUUCAAUUGUUUUUACGAAAAUAAAACGUGUACUCAAUUUA